UUUUUAUUUUGGGGUUUUUCCCCCCUUUAUUCGUGGCUUUUUGAUUUGUUCGCUGCUUGCUUUUUUUUUUUGCUUACACAGGGGGUGGCGGAAGACGCUCUUGGAAAAAGGGGGGGGGUGGUUGGUUAUGAUGAUGAUUCUCAUCGGUUUUAUUCCUUGUUUUUCCUCCCUUCUUCUUUAUUAUUUCCCCCCCCCACCUCGGUCUUCCUUUCCCUCUCUUUCCGCAUUAACCGGUUUUGUCUAGAAAGUCUGGCUGGAAGGUCUGAGGAGAGGGGAAGAGGUGGUGCUGGGGGGAGCGGAGGUUUGGUUUUUUCGCAUGGCGUUUUGGCAGGAAUGCGGCAGCUUUAGCGAGGGACCCAAAUUUCCAUGGCUCUGCCGAGGCAAAACCCCACGCUCCCACAGGUCGGAGAAACGCCCCGCGUGCAGCAGCCGGGCUCAGCUAGAGCUGGAGAUGGACGCGGCGGAUAAGGGGAAGCAACGCCAGUACUCGCAGAGGAUGGCGGAACCUCGCUUCAACAACCCCUACUUCUGGCCGCCCCCCCCCACCAUGCCCAGCCAGCUGGACAACCUGGUCCUCAUCAACAAAAUCAAGGAGCAGUUGAUGGCAGAGAAGAUCCGACCCCCACACUUGCCCCCCACCUCUGUGGCUUCCCAGCAGCCUCUUCUGGUGCCCCCCUCCCCAGCUGAGAGCAGCCAGUCCAUCAUGUCCCUCCCCAAGCUCCAGCAGGUCCCAGGUCUCCAUCCUCAAGCUGUCCCCCAGCCCGACGUGGCCCUCCAUGCCCGACCAGCCACCAGCACCGUCACAGGGUUGGGGCUGGCUUCCCGUGCACCGGCAGUCAGCACCUCGGAGUCCAGCCCGGGGACGGGGACCACCACCCCCUCAACACCCACCUCCACCAGCCAGAGUCGCCUCAUCGCCUCCUCGCCCACCCUAAUCUCAGGAAUCACCAGCCCCCCCCUCCUCGACUCCAUAAAGACAAUCCAGGGCCAUGGUUUGUUGGGAGCGCCCAAGGCCGAGCGAGGCCGGAAGAAGAUCAAGGCAGAAAACCCCUCGGGACCACCAGUCCUGGUGGUUCCUUAUCCCAUCCUGGCUUCGGGGGAGAUUGCCAAAGAGGGCAAGACGUACAGGUGUAAGGUCUGCCCCCUGACGUUCUUCACCAAGUCGGAGAUGCAGAUCCACUCCAAGUCGCACACAGAGGCCAAGCCCCACAAGUGCCCUCACUGCUCCAAGUCCUUUGCCAACGCUUCCUACCUGGCCCAGCACCUCCGCAUCCACCUGGGCGUCAAACCCUACCACUGCUCCUACUGCGAGAAGUCCUUCCGCCAGCUCUCCCACCUCCAGCAGCACACCAGAAUCCACACCGGUGACAGACCCUACAAGUGCCCACACCCCGGCUGCGAAAAGGCCUUCACGCAACUCUCCAACCUCCAGUCCCACCAGCGCCAGCACAACAAGGACAAGCCCUACAAGUGCCCCAACUGCUACCGGGCCUACACGGACUCGGCCUCGCUGCAGAUCCACCUCUCUGCUCAUGCCAUCAAGCACGCCAAGGCCUACUGCUGCAGCAUGUGCGGCCGCGCCUACACCUCGGAGACGUACCUGAUGAAGCACAUGUCCAAACACACGGUGGUGGAGCACCUGGUCAGCCAGCACUCCCCGCAGCGCACCGAGUCCCCUGGCAUUCCCGUGCGGAUCUCCCUCAUCUAACCGGGGACAGCGGCGGCGGCGGCGGCACAGGGUCGGGGGGGACGCACACACAGACGGACAGGAGAGCCCCCCCACCACCGAGGAGGAGGAAGAAGGAGGGAACCCACCUGCAGCACCCCAGCCCUGGCCGGACGCCCCUGGGGCCGUGUUGUCCCCUCCCCGUGGGUUAGGUGACAUCCAAAGACGGUUUCAGAGCACUUUGAAUCUCGGCGGGUUGGGUUAUUUUUUGG